AGUUUUGCCGUGGACGCGGCCCGUGCUGGAUUAACGCGACCGUCGCCAUGAUUAUCACCGCCAAGCUGGUGGCCAUUGGCCUGAGCCUGGCGCUCACCGCCUUCACCGUAUCGACCAUCGUCCUGGCCGUCCAGAAGGCGAGCCUGAAGAGCGACCUGCGCGACGCCCAGGAGAAGCUGGACCUGCUGGAGGCGGGGUUUACGAGUACGGCUGCUCCGGGGACCACGAGUUCUGCAGACCCGGGCACCACUAGCAGCACCACAGAGCCAGGUCCCACAGAGGCUCCGGAACCGACAGAGGGUCCCGGGUCUACUGCCUCCCCUGGAUCGACUGCCUCUCCUGGAUCGACUGCAUCUCCGGCCACCACCGUAGCGCCUGAGGAGAAGAUCGACUACAGACUACCUGGAAACCUAGUGCCCACGCACUACGAUCUAUAUCUGUUCCCCAACAUUGAAACCGGAGAGUUCAAUGGGCAGGAGACCAUUACCAUUCAAGUUGCGGAGGCAACCGAUAAGAUUGUACUGCACUCACUUAACCUUAACAUCUCGAGUGUAGCCGUGAUGAAUACGGGCAGUGAGACCCUGGAUGUCCAGGAGACAUCCUUCGAUGCCGUCAGGGAGUUCCUCAUAUUCCAGCUAAACGAGCCCCUGACGCAGGGCCGCGUGAUCCAGCUGCACAUCGGAUUCGAGGGCUCGAUGGCCAACAAGAUCGUGGGUCUGUACAGCUCGUCGUACGUGAAGGAGGACGAAAGUCGUAAGUGGAUAGCCACCUCCAAGUUCGAGCCGACCUACGCCCGCCAGGCCUUUCCCUGCUUCGAUGAGCCGGCCCUUAAGGCAGAGUUCACCAUCACGCUGGUUCAUCCCUCCGAGGGCGACUAUCAUGCGCUUUCCAACAUGAACGAGGCCACCAGUGUGAGCCAGGGUGCCUUCCAGGAGGUCACCUUCGCGAGAAGUGUGCCCAUGAGCACCUACCUGGCCUGCUUCAUCGUCUCCGACUUCACCGCCAAGCAGGUGGACAUUGAUACGAAUAGCAUUGGGGAUACCUUCACGAUGAGUGUGUACGCCACUCCCGAGCAGAUCAGCAAGGUGGACUUUGCCGUCGAUGUGGGCAAGGGUGUGAUUGAAUACUAUAUUGACUACUUCCAAAUCGAGUAUCCGCUGCCCAAGCUGGACAUGGCAGCCAUUCCAGACUUUGUAUCCGGGGCAAUGGAGCACUGGGGCCUGGUCACCUACCGUGAGACAUCCCUCCUUUACGACGCUGAGACAAGCUCGGCCACCAACAAGCAGCGGAUAGCCAGCGUUAUCGCCCAUGAGUUUGCUCACAUGUGGUUCGGAAAUCUGGUAACCAUGAACUGGUGGAACGAUCUGUGGCUAAAUGAGGGUUUCGCUAGCUUCAUCGAGUACCUUGGCGUGGAUUCUGUGUUCCCAGAAUGGAAAAUGCGGGAUCAAUUUAUUAUCAGUACCUUGCACGCCGUACUCACUCUGGAUGGAACCCUGGGGUCUCACCCAAUCAUCCAAACAGUAGAGAAUCCCGACCAGAUCACAGAGAUCUUUGACACCAUAACCUACUCCAAGGGCUCUUCCCUGGUGCGCAUGUUGGAGGACUUCCUGGGAGAGGCGACCUUCCGCCAGGCGGUUACCAACUACUUGAACCAGUACAAGUACUCCACCGCCGAGACAGACAACUUCUUCUCGGAGAUCGAUAAGCUGGAUCUAGACUAUAAUGUCACCGAUAUCAUGCUCACAUGGACGGUGCAGAUGGGUCUGCCGGUGGUCACGAUCGAGAAGGUCUCCGACACGGAAUACAAAUUGACGCAGAAGCGCUUCUUGUCCAAUCCGAACGACUAUGAGGCAGAUCACGAGCCCUCGGAAUUCAGCUACCGCUGGUCGAUCCCCAUCACAUACACCACCAGUGCACAGUCGGAGGUGCAGCGUGCCUGGUUUUAUUACAGCCAGAGCGAAAUCACUAUAACCGUUCCGGCUGCCGUCCAGUGGAUCAAGUUCAACGCCGAUCAGGUGGGCUACUAUCGGGUGAAUUACGAGACCGAUCUGUGGUCCGCCCUGGCCGAUCAGCUGGUGGCCGAGCCGAGCUCCUUCAGCGCCGGCGACAGGGCCUCCCUCCUGAACGACGCCUUCGCCCUGGCUGAUUCCACCCAGCUGCCCUACGAAACGGCCUUCGAGCUGACCCGGUAUUUGGACAAGGAGGCCGACUAUGUUCCCUGGAGCGUGGCCGCCACGCGUCUCACCUCCCUGAAGAGGACCCUGUACUACACGAGCAGCUAUGCCAAGUACAAGAAGUACGCCACUGCCCUGAUCGAGCCCAUUUACAAGGCUCUGACGUGGACGGUGGGCGAGGAUCACUUGGACAACCGCCUUCGUGUCACCGCUCUGAGUGCCGCCUGUUCCCUGGGCCUGGAGUCCUGCCUCACGGAAGCUGGACAGCAGUUCACCACCUGGUUGGCCAAGCCUGAGGAUCGUCCCAAGCCCGAUGUCCGGGAGACGGUUUAUUACUACGGAAUCCUCUCCGUGGGCAACCAGGAAGUGUGGGAGACUGUGUGGGAGCUUUUCGUCAACGAGGCCGAUGCCAGCGAGAAGUCCAAGCUGAUGUAUGGACUGGCUGCCGUACAGUCUCCAUGGCUGCUUCAACGCUACAUUGAUCUUGCCUGGAACGAGGAGUACGUGCGGGGUCAGGACUACUUCACCUGCCUCACCUACAUUUCCGCGAAUCCCGUGGGCGAGUCCCUGGUCUGGGACUAUGUCAGGGAGAACUGGCUGCGAUUAGUGGAUCGCUUUGGCCUCAACGAGCGCUAUUUGGGCAACCUGAUACCCUCUAUCACAGCCCGCUUCAGUACUCAGACCAAGCUCGAGGAGAUGGAACAGUUCUUUGCCAAGUAUCCAGAGGCCGGAGCCGGAACAGCUGCCCGCGUGAGGGCCCUAGAGACGGUGAAGAACAACAUCGUGUGGCUGGCCGAGAACCUCGAGGGCGUGGACGCCUGGCUGGACAAGCAGCAACUGUAGAGCGCCCCGAGGAGGAAGUGGCUCUGUGGCCACGCUGCCCAUUAAACUCGUACUCGUAUAAUUGCCAUUAUAAAGCAAAAAUGUGCCGAACAGGCUGAAAUAAAGAUAAGCUAGUUAUUGGGAAAACUCAAA